AACACAUCACUUUGUUUAAUGACAAGUGCAGAAAACGUGCUGUGAGUCUGCAUGUUGUGUUGAAAAUGGGUUGAUAAUCUUUAAAACCUAUUCAAACACUGGAGAAAUGUCACAACCUCCUAUUCCUUCAUCAAAUGGGCCACCGGGCCAACCAUUGCCUCGUCGUCCCGCUCCGUCGCCCAUGGCUGGGCAUCAUGUAAAUCAUUCUCACGGACACAUUCACUCUUCACAGAUUCACAGAAGCAGCGGUAGCAAUCAUGUUCACGGUCAUAUCCACGCCGAAUUGGAGUCGGCUUCUCAUCUUUCAUCGAGCAGAUUUGACAUUGAUUGGGAAGCUAAAGAGAGAGAAUUAGAAGAAGCUCGUGCACGAGCUGCUCAAAUGGAAAAGACGAUGCGCUGGUGGUCGGAUUGCACCGCCAAUUGGCGUGAAAAAUGGAGUAAAGUAAGAACGGAACGAAACCGAUCGAGAGAAGAGGCCAAAGUACUAAGAACCAAACUGGAAAUGGCCUUGAAAGACAGCUCCGCAGUGCGGAGAGAAAAGCAAUCCAUCGAACACGAGAACGAGUUCCUGCGGAGCGAGUUGGAGCGAAUGGCCCAACAACAACAGGAAGAGGACAGCCAAUCUGAGCGAAAGAGUUGUCAUUCCUUCAUUCCACAUCACCACCAACAAGAUACUUCUAGAUUGGGAACGCCGGAACUGUCGAGGGAAGCUACGAGUACUCCCAUCGAUAACAACGAUCCUAUCCCAGUGUUGCUCAGUCCUCGAAACCGAUCGACUCCCUCCAGUUUUAUGAGCAAUGGUUUCGAUGCCGAGAUUGUUCCUUCUCACUUUAGCGGCGCUGUGCCAAAGCAGAUCUUGCGCAAUCCCGUCGAUUCGCUCGAGACGGACGAUGUCGAAUACUUACAACAGAAACUGACACAUCUCAAGUUGAGACUAGACGAAGCGGCCAAAACCAUCCAAGCCGAGAGAGAAGAAAAGGGAAGUUUACACAAGGCAAUGGAAUCGAUGCAGCUGGAGUUGUUGGAUUUGCGCGGCCGUUUGGAAGAAUUGAAAUGCACGAAACAAGAAGCGGAACGACAGCUGAUUUCGUCGCAAGAAAUUCAUCGCCAGCAGGUCAUCAGUUUGCAACAGGAUCGACGCGAUGAGGCCAGCACGCGAGAAACACUCGACAGACGGUUGGCGGAACUCCGUGGCGAAUUGGAACGCCUUCAGACCGAGAAUGCCGCGGAAUGGGGUCGGCGGGAACGAGUUGAAACUGAGCGACAGGCUUUAGAGCGAGAAAACAAGAAACUCCGGACGGCUAUCUCCGAUUUGCAGGAACGUUUGGAAAAAAAAUGUUUCAACUCUUCAUCGAGUUCGGGUGGUGGAGGCCAUUCGGGAUCUGGGCCAGACUCUGAAAUGACCAAAAUUCACGAAGAACUGGAAGAAAGGAACAAAGAAUUGCUCGAAUUAAGACACGCUCACAAUAAACUAAAAAAGGCAUUGCAGGAUCGCUCCGUUGAACUCGGCCACGGGCUACGACGAGCUGAACAUUCAGAAGCUGAAGUCCGUCGAUUGCGAUCCAGGAUCGAGGAAUUGAAACGAGAAGUUGCCGCAGCUCAAGAUGAACUCGAUGCAGCGACUAAUAACGUUCGUAAACUUCAACGGACAAAUGAAGAAUUGCAAGAGCAGGUUGAUAGCCUUCAGAUUCAAGCUACUCAUUUGCAAACCAGGUUGAGAAGCAGCAAUAAUGGUAGCAGUUUCCUUCUCCACCGAGAGUGUGAACUUUUACAGGACACUCUCAGCGAGGAUGAAAAUAAUGAAUUCUAAUAAGAACGACGACCAGCUUUUCGAGUUGUUGCCAUGCAGUAUUGAGACCCAAGUUUUAAUAAGUUAUAACUUACACACAGUAUACUCAAUUUCCCCCUCAUCAUUUACAUCAGUACUUGCUUUCAGUUGAAAGUAGAAUCUCUAUUGGUUCUUUCUCUUGCACUUGGUUUUGUUAUCUUUUGUAAGAGAUGUAAGAAAACGCUUUAUAAAGAAUGUUUUUUGCUUA